AUGGAGGAGCCAAACUCCCAUGACCUUCCACCAGGUUGGAAUGUGGAAGUGAAGGUCAGAAAGAAUGGUAAGAGGGACAAGUAUUACUUUCUCCCCUCAAGUGGACUAAAAUUCAAAUCAAAGGUGGAGCUAUUUCGCUAUCUUGAUAAUGCUCAGAACAAAGUCAGCAUCCAGAAAAUAUCUCCUAAUGUUGUAGUUGAGAAAGCUAUUGCGGAAGGGUUACCACCGGGAUGGGUGAAAACGACCAGAAUUGUAACAAGAGGUGAUACAGUUAGAAAAGACACGUACUACAUUGACCCUGUAAGUGGGUAUACAUUCCGCUCAAUUGAAGAUGUUGAUCGCUAUCUUGGAUCUGGAGGGAUGGGAAGGAACACACUCAAGCUAAAAGAUAAAGACAGCAGUGAUACGAUGCAAAAAGAUGCCAAAUCUCCUUCAGCAAGUGUAACCAUGAAACCAACAUUGUCAAUUAGCAUGGAUCAGAGCUCAGAUUUGGACAUGGUAGAAAAAGACCAACAGAUUUCAAGAUCUGCAUGUUCUGAAGUAUACAUGCAUGUGCCCGUCUCAAAAUGUUUCACUAACAAAGAUAACCAAGAGAAGAAACUUCAAGAAAAUUCAGAGACAAAGCAAGGAACUGAAAACUUGCAGGUCCAAGAUCACCAGUACAAAAACAAGCACAAGAAAGAGAUCAAUUUGCCUCGACGAUCUUCAAAGCGUCUUGCUGGAAUUAAAGUUGAUCCUGUUCCUGAACUUCAAACAAGAAGUCGAACACGUCGACUGACACUUAAACAAUCAGGUGAAGAAGAAGAGUCCAUCACAAAUGUGGAUAGAACUCCCAAUAGCUUGCCUGAUGGUCUAGAAAAACAGAAAUUAAGUGGCAAGGAUAAAGAAUGGUUCACUUUUUCACCUCUGGAGAACAAUGCUACUGUUGAAGAGUGUGUGAGAGUCACUGACAAUGGAGACAAAGUUGAUGCAAAGUUAGAUUACAACCUUGACUUUCCCCUCAGAGAACUACUGACAGACCCAUGUAUUGCAUUUGCAGUUCAAACUCUCACUGGAGUAACAUUUGACAUCCCCAAAAGCUCACAAACCUCUUCUGAGUUAAAAAACUUCCAGCAUUCAGAGGUCAGGGGAGGGAAUGGUAAGAAAAGCAAUGUUGGUUUAGGUGACAAUGUGUUCUCAUCUCCCGAGAACCUUGCUAUUCCUCAACAAUAUGCAGGUGAUGCCACCAAAACCAAUGUGAAGGCCAAAAAUGAGGAUGCAGAACCAUCUGAAAAGUCACUUGACAUGUCAUGGAUGGAUCCAUGCAUUGAAUUUGCUAUAAAAACUCUCACCGACUCUAUCCCAUUAGACUCUGAUCAAAACCCCAAGAACUGUCUUCAACAGCAGCUCAGCUCAUCCAGUAACCAGCAGCAGAGUGAGAUGACUAUGUCAAGUGUCAGUUUAGAUAACAUGUACCAAGCUGACUUCUACUGCAACCAAUACUUCGGCACACAAAAACCAAUGUUUAACCAGUCUUUUGUGGAUCCAUCAUUGAAGCACACCAGAAACGAUGUUGGUACUGCUGGAGCCAGACUCCCUCACCGUGGUGAAAAUACUAGAAGGAAUAUUUGUUAG